UUGACAUUACAAAUUUGUAUUAGGUUAGGAUUUUUUUUAUCAAAAUCAAUUACCUAUUCAAAAUUUUUUUUUUUAUUUUGUUAUGUGGAAAUUUUUAUAAUUGUAGAAAGUAAAUAAGCUGCCUACAUAAUCUAUCAAAUCAUGUCAUUAUGUAGGAACAUUUUGUCAAGGACCCUUGUGAAGUAUAAUCGUAAUAGGUUUAUUUUAGCAUACGCCAAUGAUCUAAAGAUCAACAGACAAAUAUGUUGUGGAGUUUGCUUAAGAAAUCCUAGACAAAUACCAAAACCAGAUCACGUCACUUCUCCAGCAAUAGCCAACAAGUACCAGGUGAUAACAGAGGCCAACGCGCAAGUAAUUGAAAAUACUGCGGAAGAAAUUCAUUCUGUGGAUAAAUAUCCUGUGUUAAGUGAUGAAUUUGAUGGUAUAAAUCUUGAAAGAGGUAAAACUGGUGUUUUUGAUAUAGAAGAACUGGUUAGCUUACUCCAGAGAGAAAACUCUAAAGAUAUAUUUGUAGUGACAGUCCCUCAAGAUAUUCGCUAUGUUAGUUAUAUUUGUAUAGUUAGUGGUCGCAGCAAAAGACACAUUCAAGCUUUAGCUGAAUUUGUAAGGAAGGUUUACAAGAAAAAGUGUAAUAAGAACGACCCCAUACCAAGAAUUGAAGGAAAAGGCUCGGUUGAAUGGAUGGCUUUGGAUUUAGGUAACAUAGCAUUACACAUUUUCUCAGAUACAGUUAGACAGACAUAUGAUUUGGAAACACUUUGGGCUGUUGGACCUGAAUAUGAUGAACAAAUCCGGAAGAAGAGUGAUGUUGUUGAUGUAUUUGAAAAUUAUAGUAAAUAUUUGAAGGAUCUUAAACCAUUAGCAUAAUCUAAUUUUUUAAGGUUUUAAUUUUCUUUAUUAAAUAUAACUUGAUAAGAA